CUUAUAAGCCCUUAAGCAACAGUGCAGUUCAAGAAGAAGAAAAUAUUUACCAAGUAGGCUAAAAUCAGAUCAGAAAUGUCCCGUGCGAGAGAGGCAGGUUGAGGUUUCCAAGGUUAGAGUGGGGGGUCCUGAGAGCAGUGGUGUGAAUAGUGGAUCUGUACCAGUACAGAAGAAUAAACCAACAAGUGAUAUGUUUCAGUAAUAUGUUGUUGUUUUUUUGCAUUUAUAGCAAUGAUUAUCAGCUGUACUGCAGGGAUGGAACGUAAGUCUCAAAUUCAGGUUGUGGUGGCAGCUGCAGAGAGGUAGUUGUGUGUGCGAGAUUUGACAUCAGAAGAGUUACAGGGUGUGUUAAGUGGUGGUGUCCCAUCCUUUCAUUUUUCUAUUGUGUUAUUGACUGUACGUUUGUUUAUCCCAUGUGUAACUCAGUGUUGUUGUUUUUGUCGAACUGUAUAAGUGAGUUGUCCUCCAGUCUAGUAGGUGGCGGCAAUGCAACAUGUAUUUGAUGCCAACCGUGGUUAAACCUCAAAGAAGAAGACCACUUAUCGGUUUCCGGUUCACGGACGAUACUUUUUUUUCUCCCUCAAAUGCGGGAAGGCCCAUGAAUAGGUUUGAUGUGUAACGUAAUAAACAAUACCGUAUUUCAAAGAACAGCGCGCAUAGACUUUUUAUUUAUCCGCCAACCAAUAACAUCUGUGUAAACAAUGACCAAUAACAAUUUCCACGUUGCAUUUGUGUUGAUAUUUAGACUUUUAUUAACAUCCUGGAACUCAAAACUGCACAUCACUCCAUGUAGAAUUUAAAUCGCGUUGGAGUCCGAACUUACUUGAUGUUAUCUAGGUAACGUUGGCUAACUGUAUGGAUUUUCACACUCAAAUAGCCUCCAUCAUGGAGCUGCUACCGAAUUCAGCCGUGGCUGAGAUCUGUAAAUUCGUAGACGACGACUAUGCAGUGUUUAGUUUGGAAAUAACUCAAAGCCAGAAAGAAAACAUGAUUGCGGCGGAAACUACAGCUACUGGAAAUGAAGGUGGCACGAGAGCGCGUCCUCGCCAGUCGUCCCAGUAGAGUCAAGAUCGUCGACCGAUACAGAUGAAUGACAAGAGGUGAAGGACAUCUCACUUGAGGCUACAGGAGCUUUGUGAAGCCAGCGCGACACAGCAUGUGGAGAGAUGACCAACCCAUAUCUAUAGAUGAGGGUUGUGGAACCUCAACCUAGCAUGUUAUCGUGAUAGAGAGGCUGCAGGUCCUGGGUUCAAGCAGGAGAGGACUGAAGGUGAGGACCUAAGACACAACAGAGACAUUGACUAGAGCAGCGGCUGGAGUGAUGCCCCCUGUAGCCAUGGAGGACCUCCCCACCGUCACCAUGCCCCAGACCAGGACCCAGCACAACGUCAGUGGAACGGCGAACACCGUCCUCAUGUCAGAGACGUACACCAAGACUUUAACUGUAACACAAAGGCUCUUACACACCAGAUCUUCCCACAAAUCAGACCCAGAGAGGCUGGGUCUGAUCCUGGCUCAGAGUAUUUACAGGGACUGCGACCCAGUUUCCUCAUCGAUGGGGCGUUCCGAUUCAAACGUCCUUUUCGAUCAGGUAUUGAACUCAAGGGCCAAAUCACGGGGAGGGGGAGCCACAUCAGGCAAUAGUAAAGAGAAACGGUUCCUCUGCAUGUUCUGUAACAAAGGCUUUGGCUGCCUCCAGAAGGUGGAGUUCCACCAGAGGGUCCACACAGGGGAGAAUCCCUUCAGCUGUACCCAGUGUGAUAAGAGAUUCUCCCGCCAGGACCACUUGAAGAGGCACCAGAGGGUGGAUUCUCCCGACAUCACCAGCUGAACAUGAGCCUGAAGGUCCACAGGGGAGAGAAGCCUGUACACACUGCAGGAAGAUGUUCUUAGAGAAGAGCUACCUAAGGACACACCAGCAGAAAACAAUCCCACUCUAGAACAUAGAAAGAAACCAUUCCACUCGAUAGCUUCUGAUGUUUAGGUCAAACCCUGCAUUAAAGACAAUGAAUUGUGAUUGUUGUCAGCAGAAAACAUCCACAGAUGCAUUUGGAAUUACGAGAGUAAAAGAUUUCAGUGUUGAAUAUUCCUGAGUAAAAUAUUGCAUCCAGACACUGUGUGAUAUAUAAGACAAACAGUUCCUUCAGAAAGUAUUCACACCCCUUGACUUUUUCCACGUUUUGUUGUGUUACAGCCUGAAUUUAAAAUAGAUUAAAUAUAUUGUUUUUCACUGGCCUACAUGCAAUAUAAUGUUAAAUAAUGUUAAAGUGAAUUAUGUUUUUAGAUUUAUUUUUUUACAAAUAAUAAAUAAAUGAAAAGCUGAAAUGUCUUGA